AUGGUACGAUUGUGGGUGAUGGAAGAUUUGGUAUACAAAAGUGACACCAAAUGUAAAUCCCAACUUCGUCUCGAUAGACGCACUUUUAGAAUUCUUUGUCAUAAGUUGCGCACUGUUAGUGGACUAGAAGAUAAUAGGAAUUGUGAUGUCGAAGAAAUGGUGGCGAUAUUUUUAUAUGUAAUUGCGCAUCACCAUAAGAAUAGAGUUGUGGGUUUUCAAUUCAAGCGAUCAGGAGAUACGAUUAGUAGACAUGUGAACACGGUGUUGAAAGGAGUUAUUAGGCUUCAAGGAGAGUUGUUAAAAGAACCGGUAGCAGUCUCUACAAGUUCUGUUGACCAGAGAUGGAACUGCUUUAAGAACUGCCUAGGGGCAUUAGAUGGAACACAUAUUAGUGUCCACGUUGCAACAGCAGACAAGCCUAGGUAUCGUACAAGGAAAAGCGCAAUUGCUACCAAUGUCUUAGGUGUAUGUUCUCAAGACUUGGAGGUUAUAUAUGUAUAUCCUGGAUGGGAAGGAUCAGCUGCUGAUUCUCGUGUUCUUAGGGAAGCCAUUUACAAAAAAAAAUGGCUUAAAAGUUCCACAUGGUAA